UGUGCCAUGUGUAGAAAAUAAAUUGAUUUGUUUUCAUUCGAAAAUUUUCAAUUAAAAAAUUCUUCAGCAAUGAAAUUAAUGGAUAUUUUUUGAUGAAUCAUCAAUUACUUAAUUAAGGAUGAAUUCAGAAAAUAAUCAUCAUGAUUAUAGUGAUUUAUAUAAAGAUAAAAUAAUUCUUGGACCAAUGGUUCGAAUUGGAACAUUACCAAUGCGUUUAUUAGCUUUACAAUAUGGUGCCGAUCUAGUUUAUACGGAUGAAAUUAUUGAUUUUAAAUUAAUCAAAUCAAAACGUUACGUAAAUGAUGCUUUAGGAACUAUUGAUUUUAUUGAUGAUACCGGUGUGGUUGUAUUUCGAACUUGUUCAUUGGAAAAAGAUCGAGUUAUAUUACAGAUUGGAACAAAUGAUCCAGAUCGAGCUGUUAUGGCAGCAAAAAUGGUUGAAAAUGAUGUUGCCGGUAUUGAUAUUAAUAUGGGUUGUCCAAAAUCAUUUUCCAUUAAAGGUGGUAUGGGUGCUGCACUGAUGAACAAACCUGAUUUGAUUCAAGAAAUAAUUCGAACAUUGAAAGCAAAAAUUCGAAAACCAAUUUCAUGUAAAAUUCGUGUAUUUGAUAGUCUGGAUUCGACAUUAAAUUUAUUGAAAUUGAUUGAAGAAGCUGGUGCCGAUGCAAUUGCUAUUCAUGGCCGUACGGUUGAUGAACGACCACGACAUCCAAAUCGUAAUGAUUAUAUUCGUGCAGCAGCUAAUACAUUACAAAUACCUAUUAUUGCUAAUGGUGAUUCAUGUAAUAUUCGAAAUUAUGAAAAUAUUCGAAUUUUUCAACAAAAAACUCGUGCAUCAUCGGUUAUGAUUUCACGUUCAGCAAUGAAAAAUUGUUCAAUUUUCGAUCGGACAAACAUAUUGAAAGAUAUUGAUGAUGUAAUACGUGAUUAUCUUAAAUUAGCAAUACGUUAUGAUAAUACAACUGGUAAUAGUAAAUAUUGUUUAUUACAAAUGUUGGGUAAUAUGCAAGAAUAUGGUGAUGGAAAACUUGUUGCCGGUGCACGUGAUAUGAAAACAAUGUGCGAGAUAUACGGACUAAAUGAAUAUUAUGAACAAAUUUUAAAAGGAAGAAAUUCAGCCAAACAAAUUUCAAUAAUAUCUACCAAAUCAGACAAUCAUGAUGUCAAUGGCAAUGAUGAAAAUCUAAUCGAAUUACCAAUCAUAUUUGUUAAACGUGUAUUUGAUCGAUCAAAUUAUCCAAAAACCAUACUGAAUAAAUGGUUGAUGAAAAAUAAUUAUAAAAAUCCACGUUAUGAAACAAGACAAAUUGAAAAAAAAUUUCAUUCAAUCCUACAUUUUCAGGGUAAAUGUUAUCAAACACCAUAUCUUGAAACAACGAAAAAAAUUGCCGAACAAUCAGCUGCAUUAGUUAUUAUUAUUAAACUUGGAGAAGACCUACUAGUGCUAUUAGUUUUUUAUUAG